CACGUGACAUAUGAAGUUACUGACUGUAGUGUUUGUUGUUGAUGGACGUUGAAAGUUACAUCCAACGUCCAAGGGAUUCUAUUUAAUUUUUAUGUAGAUUGCUCAAGAAGAAAGGCUUUAAAAAUAAUUUACAAUGACUUGUGAAUAUGUUUUCAGAGACGUGACUGAUAUUUACUCUCGACUGUUCAACCACAGGGCAGCUAUACAUGGACUCGCCAACAACUUUGUCAAGGAGUUUGAGGAACGCCGUGGGGAAAGUGACCAUGUAGCGAUUUCUCGUACUCUGGAACUGGUCACUGACUGCCGUGACCGAGCCUACCCGGUCACAAUGAAGGACCUGGAUAAAAACUUGGAGGAGUUGUCGAAUGCAUUGAAAACAAGUUCUCAGAUGUGUAAGAGAAUAAUGCAGGAUGCGGAUGAGAAGAAGGUGGACUGGCUGGAGUCUCAGAGGGCGCGUCGCAAGCACGAGUGGGGCGAGUUCAUGUCCGUCCAGAGGGCGCGAAAAGACCGAGUGGACACAGACUACGAGCAUUUCGUGAAGAACUUGCACAGCCACUACUCGGAGCUGGAGGAAAAACUGAAGGGUGGGAGGGCCAAGGUGUUGUGAUUGUCAGAGUGACGGGUGUGGGGCUGUUGUCAUGAUGGCGGGUUCUGACUUUUGUCGUGGCAACGGAUGUGGGCGGUAGCCAUGGCGGUGGGUGUGGGCUGUUGGUUGUCAUGGCGGGCUGCUUUGUCUUUCAUCAGUGAAGAGAAGAAUUGUGAAACAGAGAGAAUUUGCCAGGGCUGGCUGUUGUGUCGUCUUUUUUUUCAAGUAACAGUAACAGUAAAAAUUAUUUUUAAGAAGAGAUACUGCUUAGACGCAGACCAAACUGUCUUCAUAGACGGUGAUAAGAAAAUUAGACUACCACACAGGUUGCGAAAUCGGUAGGAUGUUGAAAAAUUUUAUGUACCUGAUAUGUGUUUUAAAUACAAAGAGUACAAGCUGCAAAACAAACGAAUUUAUCAAGCAAACAAAAUAUUGACGGCUUGAAAAUAUGUUUACUAACUAUGUGUGUGCUAGACUGUAUACUAGAGAUACUGGUCAGUGCAAACUGCUAUUAAUGUGUUGUAGUGGUUUUCGCAUUUAAUUAAUUUUUUAAGAACUCUUUUAUCAUAUCUAGAAUUAGUAAAAUAUCUUCUUAUGAUAUUUUGCCAGUAUGUAAAGGAAAAAGUUUGAACUUUCUUGAAACCAAGGCCAGUUACAUGAUGGACCAAUUGGAAUUGUAUUAGGUUAACAGUACCUCUACUUUUUUAAAAGUAAUGUCUGAGUGACUGCUCGUGAACAUGUUUGCUGGUGUGUUCUAUGUUUUUAUGCACAUUUGUGUGUGUAUGUGUGUGUGAGUGUGUGUGCGUAUUUGUGUGUGUGUGUGGGGGAGAGAGAGAGAGAGAGAGAAAGAGAGAGAGAGAGAGAUCUUGUAUAUGAGUUGUUUUGGACACUUAAAAAGUGUCCGUAUGUUCUUGUUAUGGCAUGCCCCUUGCAUAUUUGUGCAAUAGCUAGAAAGAUUUAUUGUUGAAAAAUCAUAUGUGUUAAAUUAUUCAUACUUUUUCUGAAAGAUUGCCACUGUGUAUGAUAUGAUUAUAUAUGUGUGCAUUUCCUGAACACUGAUGUUGAUGAAAUAAAAGAUACUAUUCUGCAAA